AUGCGUGUAGUGGAGGAGCUAAGCCGCCUGCAGCACACAGUGGAGCUCCAGCAGGCCCAUCUAGAGAAACUACUGAACGAACGGCAAUUACUUCGCAUCUCAACAGACACAAAACGAGCCGCCGCCCGUCAACACACCGCACAGGCACAGGAAGAAGUACGGCGAUUAGAGUCUAUCAUCGCAACACUCACUCAACAACAACAAUAUCAAUAUCAUCCAUUAUCAUCACCGUUAUCAUCCCCUUCGCAGGGUCUUCGCUCUUCGACUGUGAAGGCUGAGCGGAUGGGGGCGUGUUUGAAUGAAAUGGAGAAAUACGCUGAGGAUUUGGUGGUAUUGCGAGAACGUCGGCAGAAACUCGAAGGUUUACUCCGCCGUGCUGUGGCGAUGUACCCGCAGUAUGAUAUUCAGAGUCACUUUGAUAAACAGAGAGAAGUGGACCGUAUGGCAUUAGCUCGAAUAACGAGAGGUUUAUAA